AUGGCCGGCCACUUCCGCGGCUCGCUCGCCGACCCACCCGCCAAAUCCUUCCCGGACCGGCCCCAGUUCUCCGGCUUCAUGAAGCCGUGCCGCUUCGAGGGCGAGGUCCGCAACCUGGAGAUCGUCGGCACCGUCCCCGCCGAGCUGGACGGCGUCUUUUACCGGGUGAUGCCCGACCCCCAGUUCCCGCCCUUUAUCGAGGACGACCCCUGGUUCAACGGCGACGGCAACGUCUCGGCCUUCCGCUUCCACAACGGCAACGUCGACUUCCAGCAAAAGUUCGUCCGAACCGAAAAGUUUGUCAGGGAAAGACAGGCAAACCGCGCUCUCGGAGGUCUCUGGUGGCCCCCUUUCCCUCCUUUCUUCGCUCACUCGUACACCGACGCCGUCGAGUUCAAGGUGCGCACCACGGCCAACACGAACGUCUACUACUUCAACGGGUCCCUCCUCGCCAUCAAGGAGGACGCGCCCCCUUACCGCCUCGACCCCAACACCCUCGAGACCCUCGGCCUGUGCGACUUUGACGGCCAGCUGCCCAGCUGCACCUUCACCGCCCACCCCAAGAUGGACCCCGUCACCGGCGAGCUCGUGUGCUUCGGCUACGAGGCCAAGGGCGACGGCACCCCGGACGUGUGCUACUUCACCAUCGGCCCGGACGGCAAGUUUCUCGAGACCGUCUGGCUCGUGGCGCCCGUGGUCGGUAUGAUCCACGACUUUGCCAUCACCGACAACUGGGUCCUGUUCCCCAUGAUCCCUCAGAUCUGCGACCUCGAGAGGCUAAAGGCCGGCGGCGAGCACUGGCAAUGGGACCCCAACGUGCCCUUCUACCUCGGCGUCCUGCCCCGACGCGGCGCCAAAGGGAGCGAUGUCAAGUGGCUCCGCGCCCCAAACGCCUUCCCCGGCCACACCACCAACGCCUACGAGACCCCCUCGGGCACCGUCGUCUUCGACCUGCCCCUGACGGACAAGAACGUCUUCUUCUGGUGGCCCGACGCCGAGGGCAACGCCCCGGACCCGCACGACAUCCGCGCGCGCUACGUCCGCUUCGAGUUCGAUCCCCGCGCGGACGCGGACACCCCGGCCUCCCUCGACCUGCCCGCGCCGACGACGCUCCUCCGCCACGACAUGGAGUUCCCGCGCAUCGACGAGCGCGUCCUCUCCAAGCCCCACCGUCACAGCUUCUUCGACAUGAUGGACCCGGCCCUCGGCACCGACUUCGCCGCCAUCGCCCCCGUCCUCGGCGGCGGCCACCCGCUCUACAACGCCCUCGGCCACCUCGACCACCACCACCCCGACGGCGGCACCGAGGAGGCGGGGAAUAAAGGGCUGGAGGUCUACUUCCCGGGCCCGUGGCACAUGGUCCAGGAGCCCGUCUUCGUGCCGCGCUCCGCCGACGCCGCCGAGGGCGACGGCUUCGUCAUCGCGCUCGUCAACAACUACGGCACCAUGUCGAGCGAGCUGCACGUCGUCGACACGAGGCGCUUCUCCGAGCCGGCCGCCGUGGUGAAAGUCCCGAUGAGGUUGCGGGCCGGGUUGCACGGGAACUGGGUGGACGCGAAGGAGCUGUCAUGA